AUGGCGAGAGGAAACAGAACCAGCCCGGUGGUGUGGCAGCCUCUGUUUGGAUGUUCAGUCAAAGUUAACUUCGACGAGGCGGUGUUCAAUGAGGAUCAGGAAGCUGGUAUUGGAGUGGUCAUUCGCAACAAUGAAGGGCAGGUGCUGGCGGCGCUAUCGGAGAAGGUGCGGAUGCCAGUUACAGUGGAAGUUCUUGAGAUGUUGGCGGCUAGGAAAGCUGCUAUUUUUGCUAGGGACCUCGGUUUUAGCCAGGUGUGUUUUGAAGGCGACGCUGAACUAGUGGUAAAGUGCUUACAGUCGGGUACGGUUUCAAAUGCACUGGUUGGCCAUUUGGUAAAAGACUUCAUGUCUAUAAGAAGGCACUUUCAGUCCUCUAAUGUCAUCCAUGUCAGGUGGCAAGGCAACAAUGUUGCCCAUGCUUUAGCUAGGGAUGCUAAAUUUUCUUUUCCUUUAAGGGUUUGGAUGGAGGAAGUUCCUCCAAAUAUUUCCUGUUUUGUUGUAAGAGAUUUGCCUUAG